AUGGAUUAUCCCUCUCAAGAUUUUGCAGAUGCACAGCACAGAGGAACUUCAGCCCAUUGGCCCUGGCCGAACCCAUUGGAACAAGAAAAAUUAAAAAGGAAACGAUCUGCUAUAAGAGCAGUAGUUACGAGACUAAUAAAUAAAAUAGAAACAGAAAUUGCUAAUGAGGGGGAUAAAAACGUAAUUGAAGAAACGGUCGCUCAGUUACUUAGUAAAGAAGAAGAACUAAUCUUAGCGGAUAAUGGUAUUGAAACUUUAAUUGAUGUAGCAAAUUUAGAAGAUGAGAUAAUGUCUAGAGAAGAAAAAGAAAUAGAAAGUCGAGAACGUACAGGAGUUUUAAUUAAGCCAACAGAUUCUGAAGUCACUGAAAAGAAAUCCCAUUUGGAAAAUAAGCGGCAGUUUGGAGAACGUUUUCGAGACAGCGAAAGAAAUCGGGAUUAUAAUAAGGGUAGAAUUCCUUCAGCGGCAGCGUUAAACACAUCACUAUCUAAUACCUGUUUAUUCUGUUCUGAAAAUCAUACGUCAGAAUCAUGUCAAAAAACUGUGGCAGAAAAAAAGGAAGCGUUAAGGCGAAGGGGUUUUUGUUUCAGAUGCCUCAAAAGACGCCAUUUAGCUAGGAUGUGCAAAUCGAAACUAACUUGUGGUAUUUGCGAUCGGCGACAUCAUACAUUGAUACAUUCUGACGAAUCGAAUGCGUCAGACCAGAGUCCCGUCCAAGGGGCAGUAGUCUCUUCUGUUUCCGAUUGCGCAACAGCAAAUAACUCAUUUCUUCUGACAGCACGAGCUGAAAUUAUAAACACAGGCAAUUGGCGCCAGCAAAGCGUUCGCUUGCUGUUUGAUUUAGGAUCGCAGCGAACAUUUAUUAGAGAGGACAUCUGUAAGAAAUUAAAACUCCCCGUUAUUGGAGAAGAAAAAAUAAAAAUAUUCUCUUUAGGUUGCACGACGUCUGAAGCGCAAAAUGUUAAAAAAACCAGGCUCAUUUUGCGUAAUUCGAAGCAUCGAUAUGAAAUCAAAAUAGAAGCUUUAAUUAUUCCUGUCAUUAAUGGAUCACAUAUUUAUUCCCCUAGAAAUGAAAUAGUUAAUCUUAUUAAAAAGCAGGGCAUACAACUUUCCGAUGAAUGGGGACCAGGGAAUAAACCGCCGAAAAUUUCUUUGCUCAUAGGAGCGGAUUUUUAUUGGAAAAUAGUUACGGGUAAGGUUCGUAGACUGUCUAAUUCCUUAGUAGCGGUUGAAACAAAAUUGGGUUGGACCAUUAGUGGAACAGAAAGGGCUUACGGAAUUUUCCCAAGUAAUGUGAAUACGAUGAAGGUUGUGGUUUAUAAUAAUAAAGAUACACAGAACGAAUCACUGUCUAGUUUGCUGAAGAAUCUCUGGGAGCUCGAUUCUAUGGGGAUAAAUUAUGAUUCGGAUAAGGAACUUGAAUUAGAAGAUAAUUUAGUUUUCGAUAAUUUCCUUCCUUCUUUUAAGUACCGUUGUAAGUACUUUUAA